UAUCCCGAUGUCACAUUUAUAUGGAAAUAUGAAAAACCGAACGACGCAGCAUUCUCAGAAGGCGUUAAAAAUCUCAUUCUAUCCAGCUGGACUCCUCAGAGUGAUCUGCUUGCUGAUGAUCGCUUGACCCUAUUCAUUACCCAUGGUGGUGCGGGUAGUAUGAUGGAGAGCGCCACUUCUGCCAAACCGCUGAUUGUUGUGCCUCUUUUUGGUGAUCAGACGAGAAAUGCUAAACUCAUCACAAAGUUUGGUUUUGGCAUUCAUUUGAACAAAGCGUCUUUGGUUGACAGCAAUGUGCUGCGAAAUGCGAUUGAAGAAAUUUUCAACAAUACAAAGUAUAAGAAAGCAGCUGAUCGGAUUCGUGAUAUCUUGGCAAAACGUCCAUUUACACCUGAAGAGAAACUAAUAAAAACAAUAGACUUAGCCAUUACUUUCGGGCAAAUACCUGAGCUGUUAGUAUCGGGACGAAAUCUUAGUACAUUUGUGUAUCAUAACAUAGAUAUUUUCAUAAUUUUCACUGCUGUUUGCUCACUUAUCUUGUUUUCACUUAUAUAUUGCCUUAGAAGACUCAUCAGGGUUACACCUCUAGAUAUCAAGCUUAAAAAUCAAUAAUA